AUGUCAUCCUCAAACCGCGGCUGGAUCCUCUACGCCGUCUCCUACCCGCUCCUCGCAUUCAGCACCCUCGUCACAGCCCUGCGCCUCUACACGCGAACCCGAAUCGUCAAAUCCCUCGGCACCGACGACAUCUUCAACAUCCUCGCCCUGCUCUGCGCCGCCACAAACACGGCCCUGAUCACAAAAUCCGUCCAGGCCGGCACAGGCCGCCACAUCGAGACCCUCACACACGCCCAGCAGAUCGAGUCCGCCAAAUACCAGCUCCUGUCCCAGGGGUUCCACGUCAUGUCGACGAAUUGGGGCAAGGUCUCUGUUGCGCUGUUUCUGAUUCGCAUCAUGGCCGAGGUCAAGCAGCAUACCCGCGCCAUGUAUGUGGGCAUUGUCCUGCUGAGUGUCGUGAAUGUUGUCUGUGUGUAUACGAUCUAUGGGCAGUGUACGCCGACAGCACGGGCGUGGGAUGGGGAGGUGCCCGGGACGUGUUGGAGGGCCGGGGUGCAGAGGAAUUACGCGUAUUUCCAGGGGUCGGCCUCGGCACUCAGCGACCUCAUCCUCGCAAUCUACCCGCUCUUCACGAUAAAGAACCUGCAGAUGCCACCGAAGGUGAAAUUCGGCCUGGGCUUCGUCCUCUCGCUUGGAAUCAUAGCCAUGAUCGCCGCAAUAGUCAAAACCACAAACCUCUACACCCUAACAUCCGCGCACGACCGCCCCUGGACCAUGGUCCCACUAACAGCCUGGGUCGCUGUCGAACAAUACCUUAUCAUCAUCGCGGCGUGUAUCCCCGCAUUGACACCGCUCUUCAAUAUCAUCAUCCGGCACCGCGGGAGUAAACGCUCGCGAUCACGGUCGAAGAGUGGAUCGAAGAGUCUCCCGCUGCACAGCCAUCGGCGGAAGCGGUCUGCGGUCAAUGCGGCGGACGGGCAUCAGGCGUAUCUACCCUUUGCGAGUGUGGGCCGGGAGUUUGUCGAGUAUCCGAUGACGUGGGCGGGGUCGAAGGGGGGAGGGGGGAGGUAUGGGAGCGGGAGUGUGGUUACUGGCAGUGGGAGGGACAGUGGGAGUUUUGUGGGGGUUGAGGAUGGCGGGAGUGAGGUUGGUAUCACGAGUAAAGGGCAUCAGAGUGUUGGUUCCGCUGUUGGUGUUGGUCUUGGUGUUGGUGAGGAGGGGGGCAUGCAGGGUGGGAUUCUGCGCACGACGGAGUUUCGAAUAAAGGAGGUUGUGCGGUAUGAUGGCGUUGGGUAG